CAGGUUGCGUGGCUGAAUGCCCCCGUUGCUUCCGACUUUGAGCAGAACCCUUAUAAGUGCUGCCUGCUUGUGCUUUACCGCUCCAUCCUCCUUUGUCCUCCGUCCUUCGUCAAGCCGCCCCGCCUCCACCGCCGUGGGAAUGGCCGCUCAAGGUUUUUGCUAUAAAUAUCCCCGACCGUCGGUCACGGUUGACACUCUUGUCUUCUGUUUGGAUGAAACCCAGAUGAAGAUUUUGCUCGUUCAGCGCGGGAACGAGCCCUUCAAAGGGGCUUGGGCUCUGCCGGGGGGGUUUGUCGAUCAGGACGAGGGGCUGGACUCCGCGGCGGCUCGGGAGCUCAGGGAAGAAACUGCUCUAGAUAGUAUCUCGUUUGCACAGGUCGGUACUUAUGGACAGCCAGGGCGAGACCCGCGGGGACACACCAUCACUGUGGCCUACACAGCAUUCCUGCUGUCGUCUGAGGGAGCAAGAGCUGGGGAUGACGCCCGAGAGGCAAAGUUUUUCGCGUUCGGCUCACUUCCUCCCCUAGCUUUCGACCACAAGAAAAUCAUUGAGGAGACGUGGAUGAGAUUGGUCGUGUGUGACAAGGAGGGUACGACCGUGGUGAAGGAGCGAGGAGCACAGCAAGUGCUGUGUAGGUUGCCAACAGCCAGCGCGGCACAAGUCGUCAGAUCUUCGAAGCCUUUCACAUAAAAUGAGGAAGAAAUUGAUACUCGACAUC